CUUCCUACCAUACUCGGAUAAGACAAAUAUACUGUGCUUAAAGCACAGCAUAUUUAUUCUGUAAGCACAGUAUAUUUACCUUAUCUGAGUAUUAGUAAGCGGCACAUUUGCCAUUGAACAUUUUGACAGAAAAGCGAAAAACCAGUACAUGUGGAAGCUCUUAAAACGGUUGUGGGGCAUAAGCACGGAUCCCUUCUCCUUAACUCGCAUAACGUUUAUGUAUAAAAGUAAUAAAAGUAAUAAUAUUCUCUAUCUAAAUUCUGUCAAAGCAGCUCUUUUUGCUGUCGGCUCUUUCAGUACUUCCAUUUACGGCCAUCCUUUGAAUAUACUUUCUUCUGAUGACGGAUUAACUCCAGAAGAACCUCCCAUCGACUAUGGUUCAGCAGAGUUCUACGAGCGACUCAUUGUUAUUGCUGUCCUUGUGUUGACAGGUGGCGUCUUUGCAGGUCUGACGUUAGGCCUAAUGGGUUUGGAUGAGACAAAUUUACAGGUUCUCAUGGAAUCCGGUACGCCAACUGAGAAGAAACAUGCUGAAAAAGUAUUGAAACUUUUGAAUCGUGGCAAACAUUGGGUUUUGGUUACGUUACUCUUAUCAAAUGUUAUCGUUAACGAAACUUUGCCCAUUGUUCUGGACAGUGUUCUCGGUGGUGGCUGGAAGGCUGUCGUUAUUUCCACUGCUCUGAUUGUAAUUUUCGGCGAAGUAAUCCCUCAAUCUAUUUGUGUACGUUACGGUUUGGCUAUUGGCGCUAAAACAUCAGGAAUGGUUCUUCUUCUGAUGUACAUUAUGUAUCCUCUGGCUUAUCCUACUGCAUUACUUUUGGAUUAUUUUUUGGGACCAUCUCACGGUACCAUGUAUAAAAAGGCGGGUCUCAAGACACUUGUUUCCCUUCAUCGGGCUGUUGAAAACACAGAAACAGAUGUUGAUGCUCUGACGGAAGAUGAAGUGACAAUUAUUGGCGCUGUACUUGACCUACGAUCAAAACCUGUAUCACAAAUUAUGACCCCCAUUGCUGAUGUUUUUACUCUCUCUACAGAGGAUAUUUUGAAUGAGGAACUAGUCGAUAAGAUUCUCAUUGAAGGUUAUUCUCGUAUUCCUAUUCAUGUUCCUGGAGAUAAUAUGAAUUUUGUUGGUAUGCUCUUAACGAAGCGUCUGAUUACAUAUGACCCUGAGGAUGCUCUGCCUGUUAAGGAUUUACAAAUAAGUACACUGCCCGAAACCGGGCCUAAAACAAGUUGUCUUGAUAUUCUAAACUUUUUCCAAGAGGGCAAAAGUCAUAUGGCGCUUAUAACUUCUCAACCUGGCGCUCACACUGGUGCUUUGGGUGUCAUCACUCUAGAAGAUGUUAUUGAGGAAUUAAUUGGUGAAGAGAUUGUCGAUGAAACAGAUGUUUAUGUGGAUGUGCAUAAUAAAAUCAGAGUUGUGCGUCGCCAUGUUACUAACAGGCGUAAUAGCAAAUUAGCACGUUUAUUAACAGCACACAAACGCCAAUCCCAAGCUAAUUCAAGAAACGGACCCAACCGUGAGGGUUCAUCCAGUUCCCUUAAUGGUAAGGUAGUCGAGCCCUACUUGAAGCCUACAUAUGGUGCUAUUUCCCAAAAUCAAUUGUCUACUUCUCCAGAAAGCCAGCCGCUCCUUCCAAACGGGCAGGAUGACUAGAUAUUUGAGAAAAGCACUGUUAUAAGUAGUAUAUAAAUGAUAUGUUUCCCCUUUUAAAUUUGUAAAAUAUAUUUUUUUGGACGAUUAAGCCAGCUUAGAGGCUAAUGUGUAUCUUCGUCCACAAUACUAAGUUUAUAAAUAUUGACUUAUAACUCUUUAGCCGCAAAAAAAAAAGUUCGAGAAAGGAAACUCGCCUGCAAAAGUUCAACUCCGACUUCAAUUUUAGAUACCUAUUGAACUUCACAGUCAUAUUUUGUAAAAUGUUCCGCACUGAGUACUGGCAAACGGUCGUGACUUACGAACAAAAUAAUGCUGCACUUUUUGU